GCAAAGCCGCGGGCUGCCUGAGUUGGAGGCGAGGCUGUCGGGUUCCAUUAUGGCGGCUCUGCCGGAGGAGCCGGCCGAAGCAGUCACAGUGAAGCCGGACCCCGACGCGGGAGCGCCGCCGGCGCCACCCCCUCCUCCUCCCGCUCUCCCUCAGUCGCCGGCAGCAGCAGCGGGAGCGACGGCGGCAGCGGGAGUCGCUGCCGCUCCCUCUGCCCCCUCGGCCGCCGCUCCUCUAGCGGAAGGGGGCGAGCCGUUGGCGGCAGGAGCCGACGCGAAGCCGCCGGUGGCGCCCAGCCCUGCGCCGCCCGCUUCGCAGCUGCCCACCGACCGGCAGACGCUGCUGGCUGUGCUGCAGUUCCUGAGGCGCAGCAACCUCCGCGAGUCCGAGGAGAUCCUCCGCAGGGAAGCCCGGCUGCUCGCCGACGAGGUCGCGGCGGAUCCCGGCUCCUCGGCGCCCGGAGUCCAGGCGUCCCAUGGCGGGGAAGGGCAGGAGCCCGGCGGCGGCGCCCCCGGCUCUGGGGAUGUGCUGCUCAGCUCGGUCACCUUUAGCCAGAGCGGGGCCACCAUCUCUCCGGGCGCUGCCGCGGCGCCUCCCGCAGUGGCCUUGGGGCCACCUGGGAAAGUUGGAGUCUUUGUGGAAGAUCAGCCAGAUGUAAGUGCAGUACUGUCUGCCUACAAUCAGCAAGGAGACCCAGCGCUUUAUGAAGAGUACUAUAGUGGACUGAAACACUUCAUUGAAUGUGCUCUGGACUGUCAUCGAGCUGAGUUAUCGCAGCUUUUUUAUCCUCUCUUUGUACAUAUGUACUUGGAGCUAGUCUACAAUGGGCAUGAAAAUGAAGCAAAGUCCUUCUUUGAAAAGUUUCAUGGAGAUCAGGAGUGUUAUUAUCAAGAUGACUUGCGUGUACUAUCAAGUUUAACCAAAAAAGAGCACAUGAGAGGGAAUGAGACAAUGCUGGAUUUUCGAACAAGCAAGUUUGUGCUGCGAAUUUCCCGCGAUUCUUAUCAGCUAUUGAAGAGACACCUUCAGGAAAAACAGAACAAUCAGAUCUGGAAUAUUGUUCAGGAACAUCUUUACAUUGAUAUCUUUGAUGGAAUGCCUCGCAGUAAACAACAGAUUGAUGCUAUGGUGGGAAGUUUGGCAGGAGAGGCAAAACGGGAGGCUAAUAAAGCAAAGGUCUUUUUUGGCUUAUUAAAAGAACCAGAAAUUGAGUUGCCUUUGGAUGAUGAAGAUGAAGAGGGGGAAAAUGAGGAGGGCAAGCCAAAGAAGAAGAAGCCAAAAAAAGACAGCAUGGGAUCAAAAAGUAAAAAGCAAGAUCCAAAUGCUCCUCCACAGACUAGAAUCCCACUUCCUGAGCUAAAGGAUUCAGAUAAGUUGGACAAAAUAAUGAAUAUGAAAGAAGCCACUAAACGUGUACGUCUUGGUCCAGACUGCCUGCCUUCCAUUUGUUUCUACACAUUCCUUAAUGCAUACCAGGGCCUUACAGCAGUGGACAUUACAGAUGACUCUAGCAUGAUCGUUGGAGGCUUUGCUGACUCCACUGUCAGAGUGUGGUCUGUGACACCCAAAAAGCUACGCAGUGUGAAAUCAGCAGCAGAUCUCAGUCUCAUAGAUAAAGAAUCAGAUGAUGUUUUAGAAAGGAUCAUGGAUGAGAGAACAGCAAGUGAGUUGAAGAUUUUAUAUGGUCACAGUGGACCUGUCUAUGGUACCAGCUUCAGUCCUGAUAGGAACUACUUGCUAUCAUCUUCAGAGGAUGGCACUAUCAGACUGUGGAGCCUUUUAACCUUUUCUUGUCUAGUCGGAUACAAAGGACACAACUACCCUAUAUGGGAUACACAGUUCUCUCCCUAUGGAUAUUACUUUAUAUCUGGAGGUCAUGACAGAGUGGCUCGCUUAUGGGCAACGGAUCACUACCAGCCUUUGCGAAUCUUUGCUGGCCAUCUUGCUGAUGUCACAUCGACGCGUUUUCACCCAAACUCCAACUACGUUGCUACAGGCUCAGCAGAUAGGACUGUGCGGCUGUGGGAUGUCCUGAAUGGGAAUUGUGUCAGAAUUUUCACAGGACAUAAGGGACCAGUUCAUUCAUUGGCAUUUUCUCCUAACGGAAGAUUCUUGGCAACUGGAGCAACAGAUGGAAGAGUGCUUUUGUGGGAUAUUGGGCAUGGUUUGAUGGUUGGAGAAUUAAAAGGACACACAGACACAAUCUACACACUCAGAUUCAGUAGAGAUGGAGAGAUCUUAGCAUCAGGUUCAAUGGAUAACACGGUAAAGCUAUGGGAUGCUGUGAAAGCCUUUGAGGACUUAGAAACAGAUGAUUUUACCACAGCCACUGGACAUAUAAACCUGCCUGAAAGCUCUCAAGACUUGCUGUUGGGUACAUACAUGUCCAAAUCAACUCCUGUCACACAUCUUCAUUUUACCCGCAGAAAUUUGCUUCUUGCUGCUGGGGCAUACAGUCCUCAGUGAACCACCAAACUAUAAGACUUGAUUGUACAAGUCUCAUGUAUAUCUUAGAAUAACUUGAAUUAAUGAAGACCACAAUGUACAUAUUAUACAAAUGAACUGAACUUGUCUGCCAGAACAAAUGGUGCAAACUGAUGAUGAUUCAAGCCAGACCUUCAGAAACUGCUAUUUUAAACUCCACCCCAACCCCAGUGUUAGUGCUGAGACAUUGACAUCAUAAAAAUAGGGGAAGAAACAUAUAAUGUGGUAUGGCUUUUUAAAAGAAGUAAACAGUAUGUGGGAAUACCUUGCUUAACCUUGUCCACAAAUUGACAACAGGCACUACAAAACUGUAGUGCCAGUUGCAUAAAGCAAAGUUGUUUGAACAACAAUUUAAAA